AUGGAUCAAGCACUGCGAAAUAAAUUCUUUCCCCAGCAAAUACUCUAUUUUAUUGCCGGUCGGCGUUGCUGCCAACAAUUUGCUUGUACAUUUCGUUCAUCUGAGCACAAUAUACUCGUUACAUACGCAUGCUCUCUCGGCUUACGUUCCCAGUAUGUAGUCAACAAUGGACAGGGAUGUGUGAAAAUAUUCAAGCGAUCGUGUAUGCACUACUUGAAUGAGCCAAAAUCGCUGAAUAUGUGCCGAUCAACCGCAAGGGAAAUAUUCACGUUAUUGUCGCUUACAAGCAACUUGGGAAUAUAUGAGCUGUCUGCUGAUUACUUGGGUCAUUGGAAAGUUAAGAUGCCGAUUCAUCAUAUGUCUUUAGCAGCUUUGAACCCGCCAACAACAAUGCGCCUCAGAACGCAGCAGUAUGGCAAGUAUUUGCCGAGUUCUGCAGGCUAUUCGUGUAUCCGUAACCUACUCGAAUCAGUUUAUUCGCAUCGCGUAAUUGCCGUCAAUGGACAUCUUGCCAUGGAUAAGUCCAUACUAUUCCCACUAGUAAUUCUAGAUGAUGCGCAGCUGAAGAAAGCCAACUUAUUUAUUGUCUGCAUCGAAAGCGACAACAUAGUGGCCGAAUAUAAUAGCGAGCGAUUCGCCCAGUGUUUGGAUGAAAGUGUUGGCAAUACUGUGGGAAUACAAGUGCCAAAACUUUGUAACAUUAGCUCUCGAACGCAUAUCGUCUACACAACGGCCAAAUACUUUAUGCGCUCGCUGUUUGGCAAGGAGUCGAAAAAACUGGAUCAAAUUAGCCACGUUGUGGUUAACGAUAUACAUCUGCACGUUCCUUACACUGACAUCUUACUUUCGGAGUUAAAACAAGCUGUUAACAUGAAUCAAAAUCUACGCAUAAUAUUACUUUCGCAAGCAGACAAUUCGUCGCGAUUUUUGAAUUUUUUUGCCGAGGGCUUUGAAUUUUGUGUGGAUCGACCGAGCCAAGCUGGCACACGCAUAUCGUAUUUGGAGGAAAUUCAAAGCUGCAUUUCUUUGGCUGAUAUACGUAAAGGCCCAGAGAUAUACAAGAAGAAGACACACUUUCUAAAUAAGAGUCUCAGAAAUGAGCAAACCGAUAAAUGUCUGCAGGCUUACGAGGAACUUGGAAAUGAUUCGGCUAUUCGUCCAUUGAUAUAUGCGAUAAAUUACGAGCUGGUCCCGGUGAACUAUCAACAUUCAUUUACAGGAAAGACAGCGAUAAUUAUUGCCUCACAGUGGGCCAAUGCUAAGCAUAUUCGAUUGCUGUUGUUCAUGGGCGCCAAUCCAUAUAUUUUGGAUAAUAAUCACGAAAAUGCAAUAACUACAGCAUUUACUCACGGGAACCACGAAUGUAUUGAUAUUCUCAGCAAUUUUGGUCUGCAUGGUUACGUUGUAAAAAACUCUCGACCUGAUUUUGUAGAUUACGACGCUAUAAUCAAUAUUAUGUAUCUUAUAUGCACAAAACCCAAUUACGCACCAGGGAACAUUUUGGUCCUUUUGCCGACGUACAAUCAUUUGGUUAAGCUGAACUAUAUGUUGUUGAGUCAUUUUUUAACAGCGCAUUUACAUGAAUUAGCCAUAUUUCUGUUGCACGCGAACAUGGAUAUGGAAUAUUUAAAUGAUUUAGUUAAUACUAAAACUGAUACCAUAAAAGUGGUUCUGGCCACGGAUAUCGUUGGGUCCUUGCCACUCCCAAUUUCGUUUCAAUAUCUAAUAGAUACUGCCUGCCAGAGAAAAACCCUGUACGAUGUCAGCUGCAACAGCACUGAGGAAAGAUAUGAAUGGGUAGCCAAAGAUUGUCUAAUGCAAAGGCUGCUUAUGCUUGACGUUCAAGCUGUUGCUGAGAGACAAUGCUUUCGUUUAAUCACACGAAAUACAUACGAUAACCUAGAUGUAACAGGCAGUCCAGAGAUGCAGACAAUGCCACUGGAUAAAAUCUGUUUGAUUGCCAAACUAUUAUCGCCAAAUACGGUUAUAAGUGAAUACUUAAGUUAUACGAUUGCACCACCGCCACUCGUUAAUAUACAUCAGACGGUGCAGUUUCUAAAGAAGAUUGAUGUAUUGGAUGAUAUGGAGGAUGUCACCUGGCUGGGCUGUCGAUUGAUAGACGUCCCAGUGCCUUGCCAGUUUGGACGUACACUAAUUUAUGGCAUUUUAAUGCAAUGUUUGGAUCCCAUAUUAACCAUUGUGAGCGCCAUGUCUAUAGAUGAUCCGUUGAGCAUACCCUUUAGCGAGGACAUUGACUCCUUAUGGGAUCAAUAUACGAUUUACAUACAAAAUCGUAUAAAAGGCGAACGUUCUCGCCUGGCAAGCAAUCAAGUCUCCGAUCACUUAAUAUUCAUUCGCCUAUUUGAAGAAUGGAAAGGCCGUUUAAAAAAUAAUAAACCCCCAUUGUACUUAACAGAUGAACAUGAGUUUGUGGUAAAUGGCCUCAUGGAGCAAAUCAAUUUUACACGGAUCAGUAUUAUUAACGCUCUGCGAGCUGCGAACUUAAUCCACAGCCAAGGACAAUUGAGUUGGAAUAGCAUCAAUCUGAUGUCGAAUAAAUGGCCAUUGGUUAAAGCAGCUCUAACGGGCGGCUUGUAUCCCAACAUUUGUGCCAUAGAUUAUAAAAAUAAAUGCGUAAAUUCGGCGCACUCGUUAAACCUGCAUCUGCAUCCCAGUACUGUGCUCCGUGACUUCUUUCAGCCAUUGAAUAUAUCGCAGUGCAUUUGCACACAGUGGAUGGUCUGUACUAAAGAGAAGAGUAAUAUUAAGUAUGCAACUAUUGUUGCUCCCCUCGCAUUGGCUAUGUUUGCUGGCUGCAAUAAAUUGGGUCUAGAACAGAUCACUGAGAUUCAGAUGCCGUCGAACGAGACUCACAUUCACUUUUUUAUUGACGAAUGGAUUUGGAUGGAAGUCUUGAAAUCUGAUUUUGAGCUAUUGCUGAAAUUACGACAGCUUUUCUUCAAAGGCUACCACUAUCUCUUAAGGCAGUGCAGCGAAUCUGAUAAAUGGCGUAGCGAUUGCAAUAUGAUGGCGUUCUAUUCUCUACUAUCCAAAACAUUGUCGAUAAUAUUUGACAAUGAGGAUGCGACAGCCGGCUUUAAAAAGUGUUCAGGCAUCAGCAAUGGAGCCAAUUUAAAGGAACAUUAUCAGUACUUGCGGACAAUUAACUCUCACUUUAUUUGGCAUCAAGAAGUUGAUGAUAAAAUCGCUCUAAUUCAAAAAGGAGAUCCCUGUGUUGGAUACAAUUCACACUCGAUUGAAAGACAGUUUUUUUUGCUUCAUACCGAAGAUAAGCCCGAUAAAUUUUACCAAAUCAGUGAUGCAGCCUACAUAGAAAAUGUGAUCGGAAAGUUUGCCCGGCCGAUUGUGUCCCCUAGUCGACAUAUAUAUGUGAUCUUAUAUACCAAAAAUCCAGAUACAAUGCUAAGCAUUUCCCGUGCCAAAAUCCAAAAGGGUGAAUUCAUCCUUAAGGAAUAUUUUAGAAAUACAAUUCCAGUGUACGAAAUUUUGGAGGCCUGUGUAAAUUUAAAUGUGACUGUUCCUAACUUUGAUGGACGCCUUAUAUCGUCUCUAAUUGACAAAAGGGUUGGAAAUUUAAUUAUGGAUUUAUUUGCAUUUCGACACCAUUGGAUACACAAUUAAAACAGUUUCUUUUAAAAGUUACAAUCGGUUAUGUUUUACAAAAUACAUUUAUAUAAAUCGUGUAUAUUAUUAAAAUAAUGAAGAGAAGAUUACAAAACGUACACACUUCAAAACAUAUAAUGUAAGUUAAAGUUUAUGUUUAAAUUGCAAAUG